AUGACUGCAGAAUCUGCCCCACCAGCCCCUCCCGACGAGAAGGAGCCUGCCCUUUCAAAGGAGCUGGCAACCCCAGGACAUGUCGCUCUGGAAAUGAAACAGAGUUCCAAAGGCAUCCGAGCGUUUCUCCCCUGGCCAAAGAAAGCACCUAAGGGAAUGGAGAGCGAAGCUGAGAUCGCAAAGACAGCGGAUACACUCGUCCCUGUGUCAUUCUUAUCGCUAUUUCGGUAUUCAACUCGCUUUGAAAUAAUGUUGGACCUUUGUGGCGUAAUCUUCGCUGUUGCUGCUGGCGCUUCGCAACCUCUGAUGACUUUGAUAUUCGGUAGACUGACUCAAGAUUUCGUUACAUUUGGUUUAGCAGAGAACGAGUACUAUCAAUCGCUACAGUCUGCAGAUGCGAAUGUUGUUGAGCAGGCGCAGGCUGCAUUGGAUGCUGCUGCAUCCGGGUUCCGUCAUAGUGCUGGCCUGGAUGCUUCUUACCUCGUUUAUAUUGGUAUCGCAAUGUUUGUUUCCACGUAUCUGUACAUGUACACCUGGGUUUAUACUUCAGAGGUCAAUGGGAAAAGAAUACGAGAGAAGUAUCUUCAGGCCAUCCUUAGACAGGAAAUCGCCUAUUUUGAUGAUGUCGGGGCUGGAGAGGUUGCGACGCGCAUCCAAUCCGACACUAGUUUGGUACAACUGGGGAUAUCCGAAAAAGUCACCCUUGCAGUCACUUUCGUCAGCGCAUUCUUCGUUGGCUUCAUCCUUGCAUUUGCUCGGUCAUGGCGUCUCGCUCUUGCAUUGUCGUCCAUCCUUCCGUGCAUCAUGGUUGUAGCCGGUACCAUGAAACAGUUUGUGUCCAAAUACACGCAAUUGUCCUUGAAGCAUGUUGCUGAGGCAGGUAGUCUUGCAGAAGAGGUCAUAUCCACGAUUCGCACCGCGCAGGCUUUCGGGACACAGAAAGUUUUGUCUGGAAUAUACGAUAAGAAUAUCGAUGUAACUCGCAUCGUCGACACCAAAGCGAGUAUAUGGAACGGUGCAGGGUUAGGCUGCCUCUUCUUCGUCAUCUACGCUGCAUAUGCACUGGCGUUUGAUUUUGGAACUACCCUCAUAAAUGAGGGCCAGGUUAACGCCGGACAGGUUGUAAAUGUCUUCAUGUCCAUCUUAAUCGGAUCAUUCUCUCUCGCCCUCCUUGCGCCUGAAUUGCAAGCCAUUACACGUGCUUGUGGUGCUGCCGCUAAAAUAUUCGCCACGAUUGAGCGUGUCCCUGAUAUCGACUCUGAAAACCCAGGAGGAUUAAAGCCUGCAAAAAUGUCCCAAUUCUCAAAGGCAUCAACAUCACCUUCUCCGGCUGGCAAGACCACUGCUCUCGUCGGCGCAUCUGGAUCUGGCAAAUCUACCAUUGUAUCUCUUACGGAACGCUUCUACGAUCCACUCGGUGGCUCUGUUAUGCUUGACGGAACUGACUUGCGAGAGCUGAACAUCAAAUGGUUACGCUCUCAGAUUGGUCUAGUCUCACAAGAGCCCGUACUUUUCGCGACAACCAUCAGGGGCAACGUCGCACAUGGUCUCAUUGGCACACCGUACGAGGAUGCAUCUGAUGAGGAAAAGUUUCGGCUUAUCAAAGCAGCCUGUAUCAAGUCUAAUGCAGAUAGCUUUGUCAGCCUCUUGCCACAAGGAUAUGACACUAUGGUUGGUGAGCGAGGUUUUCUGUUAUCGGGAGGGCAGAAACAGCGCAUCGCCAUUGCACGAGCUAUCGUGUCGGAUCCGCGGAUUUUGCUUCUUGAUGAAGCAACGAGCGCCCUCGAUACUCGCUCUGAAGGGAUUGUACAAGAUGCUCUGGACAAGGCAGCUGCCGGUCGAACUACCAUUACCAUUGCUCAUCGCUUGUCAACGAUCAAGGACGCUGACUGCAUACUUGUAAUGGGCGAGGGACUCGUACUGGAGCGAGGAACUCAUGCAGAACUCCUAGCAGACGAGAAUGGCGCAUACUUUCGUCUCGUCACAGCUCAAACUCUCCGCGAAGGUCAUGAAGCUCUGGAUGCAGUGAUUUCAAGUGACGAGAAAGAUUUGGAGAAGCCUAGGUCUGAAGACCUCGAUAUUAAGAGCACCACUCGCUCCAUCAGAAGCGACGUUGUCAGUCAAUUAAAGGACAAAGGAGGGGACCAGGCUCCAGUGGAAACCUACGGUCUAUUCUAUUUGAUGGGACGAAUUGCUGGUCUUUACCGCGAAGGGCUUUACCGAUACUUGAUCGGAUCUUUCUUUGCCAUAUGCAAUGGUGCCGCUUAUCCUGCCUCUGGUAUAAUCUAUGGACAAGCGAUCUCCGGUUUUUCCGCUACCACAAAUUCUGAGCGCCGCUAUCAAGGCGACCGGAAUGCUCUCUGGUUUUUCAUUCUUGCCAUUCUGUACGGCCUCUGUAUUGGUUUCCAGAACUACUUUUUUGCUUCUUCUGCUGCUGUCUUGACCGCCAAGCUCCGUUCAAUGAGCUUCAAAGCCAUCCUCCGACAAGAUAUCGAGUACUUUGACGAUGACAAGAAUAGCACUGGUGCUCUGACAUCACGCUUGGGCGACAACCCCCAGAAGAUCAAUGGUCUCGCUGGUGUAACUCUGGGGACAAUUGUCCAAUCUAUCACAACUAUACUUGCUGGUUUGGCCGUUGGCCUUGCAUAUGCUUGGAAGCUGGCUCUUGUUGGCAUGGCAUGUCUCCCUGUCCUGGUGUCCACCGGCUUUAUACGUUUGCAAGUCGUUGUUCUGAAAGAUCAAAAGAACAAGUUAGCGCAUGAAAACUCCGCUCAGAUUGCCUGCGAAGCUGCUGCGGCUAUUCGGACUGUUGCAUCAUUGACCCGAGAGGAGCACUGCCUUAAUCUUUACAGACAGAGCUUAGAAGAACCCAUUAGAAAAUCCAUCAGGACAGCGCUCUGGAGCAACAUGCUAUUCGCACUCUCUCAGGCCAUGGGGUUCUGGGUAAUUGCUCUAGUUUUCUGGUAUGGUGCGGCUCUCGUUUCGCGACUGGAGAUUUCGACACAAUCAUUCUUCAUUGCUUUGAUGAGUACGGUAUUUGGCGCAAUGCAGGCUGGUAACGUCUUUGCCUUUGUGCCUGAUGUCUCAUUGGCCAAAGGGUCGGCCGACGCAGUCAUCAGACUUCUUGAUUCAACUCCUGUGAUUGAUGCAGAGUCAACUGAAGGCAAAAGUGUUCUGAGCGAAACUAUCAAGGGCCGCAUCCAGCUGGAGAACAUUCAUUUCAACUAUCCUACCCGUCCCGGAUUCCGGGUUCUUCGUGGCCUCUCGCUUACCGUCGAACCUGGAACUUAUGUUGCCUUAGCAUCUGAAAGUUCAUUUAGUGUCCAGUUACUAGAGCGUUUCUACGAUCCACUUUCCGGACAGAUCUCGCUCGAUGGAGAGAUUAUCGACGAAUUCAACGUUCAGGCAUAUCGACAGCAGUUUUCACUUGUGUCGCAAGAGCCUACUUUGUAUGCGGGAACUAUCCACUUCAAUAUCUUGCUCGGUGCCUCCAAACCAGAAUCUGAGGUCACACAAAAAGAGAUUGAGGCUGCUUGCCGCGAUGCCAAUAUACUAGAUUUUAUUCAAUCACUUCCAGAUGGGUUCAAUACCGAAGUCGGUGGCAAGGGAUCCCAGCUUUCGGGGGGUCAAAAGCAACGUAUAGCAAUCGCUCGCGCACUCCUUCGGAAUCCAAAGGUUCUUCUGCUCGACGAAGCUACGUCAGCCCUUGAUUCAAACUCAGAGAAAGUCGUGCAAGAAGCCCUUGACAAAGCUGCGAAAGGUCGCACCACCAUUGCUAUCGCCCAUCGCCUUUCGACUAUCCAGAACGCUGAUCGCAUACAUUUCAUCAAGGAAGGCAGAGUCAGCGAAUCUGGAACCCAUGAUGAGCUUCUUGCGCUGAGAGGAGAUUAUUACGAGUUCGUACAACUGCAAGCACUCAGCAAGAAGUAG